AUGAUAAAUAUCAUCAAUAAGUUUUUCAAGAUACAAGACCAGCAAAAACUACAAUCUUCAAAUGAUAACAUUUGCAAAGAAAAUAGCCAUGCUGAAAUAAAUGAAAUUAUUAGAAUGCAUGAUUUUUCACCAUUAGAUAAUCCAAUUUUAUCUUCUUUAUCACAAACAACACGUUCUGAAAAUGAAAUUUUCAUAGAGAAGGAAAAUGUAAUUGACAAAAGUAUUAUUGAAGAUAAUGAGCAUAUUAAAGAAAAUAAAAUGAUUAAAGAUGAUAAGAGUAUAGAUGAUGAUGAUGAAAGGAUCAAAAGUGAUAAUAAAAGAGUUGAUAGUGAUGAUAAAAGCGAAUUGUAA